AUGGAACGUAUGUUUCGAUUCAAAUCUGAAAUAGCACGUGUGCUAUUACAGAGACCUACACUUUUUACAAAAUCUGUCUUACAAUCUAUACAAGUUGAUUAUUCGUCAGCUGAAUCGGAUGAUGAAAAUGAAAAUUAUUCACCACCAAAAAAAAGAUCAAAACGUGAAUCAAAACUGAGUGUGUCCGAUACAUUAAGAUAUGAUGCACAUGAUCACUGGCCCACGUUUCAACCUGCAAAAAGUGGUUUACGUUGUAAAAAUGAAGGAUGUAAACAACGAACGAAAUGGAUAUGUUCAAAAUGUAACAUUCACCUAUGUGUACAUCCUGCACAUAAUCGUUUUAAAUCUUAUCACAUUCAAAGUUGA